AUGGGCCAAAGCGCACCAACACCGAGCCCGCGCACGCAGCGGCCCGCGCGCCUGACACCGCAGAAACGGCGGCAACAGCUCAAGCAGCAGGAGAUGCAGAAGCCACUGCAGGCUGUAGAGCAGGUGCGACACCGCCAGCCGACGCUGAAGGAGCAGUGGCAGGCGCAGCGAGAGGCCAACGCCGCCGCCCGCGAGGCGAAAGCCAUGGAGCGCAAGCGAAAGAAGGAGGCCUUUCAUGCUGCGCUGAUGGCUCAGCAGAAGCAGGCUGAAGACGAGCAGGAAAAUGUCGAUGACGUGGACGACGGUGCCCACCUAGGCGGUGGCAGCAGCGACGGCGAUGAUGAAUGUCUCCAGAACGCUGAGGAAGAGGCGAUGCUGGCUCAGGCGCGCAUCAACGCACAGCUCGCAGCCUUUCAAACCUUCAUGCAGAACAACCCUGAUCUUGAGGAGGACCUCGACAGUGUUGACGCCAACCCGGCGAACAUGUUUGACUGUGAAGCCAUGACCACAGCGGCACUCCAGGUCGCAAAGCACGGUGGUUGCACUGGCGGCAGCGGCGGCCUUGGAGACAGAGAUGAUGAUGAGGCGAUCGCGAACGUCUCCGUGCACAGCUCCGAUUACGCGGAUGAGGAGCUGAUGCGGGGCCUCGAUGACCUCGACGAGGAGCUCGAACAGGAGUUCCUGAAUCGCAUCGACCUCCUGGAGCAACAGGUCGCCGAGCACAAGCAACAGUCCCUCGUGUACCUGCGCGAGCACAAGGAUAAAGCGGUGGCGCUGCAAGAGCUUCAAAAGGCGAAGCAGAUCGAGGCUCAAAUCAAGCAGCUGCUGGACGAGCACGAGACGCCGCUCCGGGUGCAAAUAGAAGAACAACAGACGAAGAUCGUCGAGCUGGAGAAUCUCGUCGCGACGAGCAAGCAGCAGUCUCUGGCCACUUUGCGCGGUGGAGACAAGCCCUCGGCACUGACGCUGUUGAAGGAGGCGAGGGGAUUUGAGAGUCAACUGGAGGCGGUGAAAAAAACGUUGGCGACACUCCAGAAAGAAAAAGAGAAGCAACUUCGUAGCAAGGGUGAGAACUGA